AUGGCCUCAACAUCCACACUGCCACAGCCCGCGCGGCCAGGCAACCCCCCAUCGGGAUCAUUACCGCCCCUCCCCAAUCCGAAACCGAGAAAGACCGCGUCCGACACACCGAGAGCGGCAUCCCCGUAUGGUCCCUCCAAGCUACGGACGCCAUCCAGCCCCAGACCCUCGCUCAAGUCCCCGCUCUCCAGCUCCAACUCCACCACCAAUCUCAACGCUGCUCGCUCGUCCUCGGGGGGCCGUCCACCGGGAAGUCCAGACAGAUCCUUGCGCCGCACUAUCAGCAUAGCCUCCUUUCCCCAGCCCCCCAAGGCCGGUAGUCGUCCCUCGACGGCCUCCUCGCUGUCAGGGAUUCAAGCAGCCUCGGCUAGUAUGCGACCCAAGCGAAGUUCGCGCCUGAGCACGGGGACCACCAGCAGCUACCGGAGCUCGAAGACGCCAUCGCUGCUGAACGGGAGUGGAGAGGGGAAGUUCAUCUCGAGUGGGGAUGCGCGGGAUCCAGAUGCAUCGCCGGGGCACAGUCGAAGCUCCUCGGCGCAAGGAUCGUGCUCCACGAGUGCGACCACCUUCGAGGAUGCAGACGACGCCCACAGAUCCAGCGCCAAGCCCAAGGAGAUCAAAGGGAACGUCAUCGUCAGCGUUCGGGUGCGCCCGGACAACAACAGUGGAGGGGAAACCCCGCGAAACCACGGAGAAUGGUCGGUCGACAGCCGGCAAAGCAUGAUCUCCUAUCGCGGGAAGGAGGGGGGGGACUACAUUUAUGACAAUGUCUUCAACACCCAAGAAAACAACGCUCGGGUGUACGAUUCUGCCGCCAAACGCCUGGUGCGCCGAGUGAUGGAGGGCUAUCACGGAACGGUCUUCGCAUAUGGGAUGACGGGCACGGGAAAGACCUUCUCCAUGCAAGGAACGGCCACUUCGCCCGGUGUCAUCCCGCUUGCCAUCACAGACAUCUUCUCAUUCAUUCGAGAAACGCCGCACCGUGAAUUCCUGCUGCGGGUCAGCUACCUCGAAAUCUACAACGAAAAGAUCCACGAUUUGCUGUCGGCCUCCGCGGCCGGCCCCGGCGCAGGCCCGCAAGAAGAGAUCAAGUUGAGGGAGGACAGCAAGCGAGGGGUCUAUGCAACCCCCCUCAAGGAAGAGAUUGUGCAGAGCCCGACCCAACUUCUGCGGGUCAUCGCCCGCGGUGACCAUGCCCGGCGCACGAGCAGUACACAGUUUAACGCCCGCAGUUCUCGAAGUCACGCGGUCGUACAGAUUGUCGUCGAGAGUCGAGAACGCGUGCCCCCUGGAAACCAAGACAAACGCUCCGCAAUCACACCGGGCGGAGUGCGGGUGUCCACUUUGAGUCUCAUUGAUUUGGCUGGCUCAGAGCGCGCAGCGGACGAUAAGGAACGUCGGACGGAAGGCGCGCACAUCAACAAGAGUCUCCUUACCCUGGGCAAUAUCAUCUCGGGGCUCUCGGACAACAAAGACAAGCAAGGCAACCCCUCGGAUCGCGAUGGGAGGCAUUUGCCUUACCGCGAUAGCAAACUAACCAGACUCCUACAGCCGGCCUUGUCCGGGGGCUCCCUCGUCAGUAUUCUCUGCACUAUCCAGUUCACAAGCUCGAUCAAUUCGCACACAGGCGAGACCCUGAACACAAUGAAGUUCGCGGCCCGCGCGAAGAACAACAUUGUCAGUCACGCCAAGAAGGCCGAGGAGGCAUAUGGCGGGGGCGGGGGCGAUUCAGGAAGCCGAGUGUUGCUCGAGCGGUAUCGCAUGGAGAUCCAAGCCCUUCGAGGCCAGCUUGAUACCCAGGCUAAAUACCAGGCGGAGAAGGAACUCAAGUGGGAUGAACAACAGUACGAGAAGGAGGCUCAGGCUCGCCACGAGGAGCAGGUCCUGGAAAUGCAGCUGGCGCGCACUGCCCUCAAAGAGCGGAUUGAGCAUCUCAACCGCUUGAUUCUGAGCUCCAAGUCCACGGGAGUGAACACCCAUAACAGCCUGUCUGCAUUUGGACGACUCUCUCGUAUGUCUGCCACGGACUCUGGGACUCGAUCCUUACGCUCUUCCGCGAGCCAAUCUACCUUGGGUGUUGCCCAUUCGUCCAUUCGACCCAUCUCAUUCAUGUCGGUGAAUAGUAGCGAGCCUUCGAGCACCCUUCACUACCCAGGCGGCUCAUUCGGAAACGAGGAUGAGGAAGAUCUGGGUGAAUUUGGCGAUGGAAAAGCCAGCCUUCAACGCCAGGUCGCCGCUUUGCAAGCUGAUCUCGGCGACAAGAACCGCUACAUCUCCACGUUGGAGCGCCGCCUACUCCAGGCCAGACGAUCUAGCCAUUCUCGCAUGUCCGUGGGCCCCAAACCACCCAGCUCUACGAUUUCCGAGUACCCUGAUGCCUCGGCUUUGAUUCAUGAGAAGGAUAUGGAGAUCAAUGAACUUCGGCUACAGCUUGAUGACAAGGACCGUAUGCUCGCUGCCCUUCGAUCUGCUACCCGCCAUCGUGAUCUCGCGGCUGUGACCAAUGAAUCACAGUCCCCAGACCUUCGCGGUGGAUCCGUGGCCGGAGACAGUCCGGCGCUCAGUGGCAACGGCUUUGGCAAGAUAGAAAGCCCGUCUAAACGUCCCUUGUCCGGGCGAAGUGAAAGAGAGGACGGAGGGAAGAAAAUGGACGAAGUCUCGCGAAUGCUGGAAGAAAUGAUUCAGGGUCGAGGGGAUGGUCAGGAGCGAAGGAGUAUCCACAGUGAGAGCCGGCGCGUAUCUACGUCGGCGCAAGUCGCUGGUCUCAACCCCAAUGCAGCCUCGUGGGAUCCCACUCUCAGCCCACCGGUUCAGGAAUGA